UCAUAAAGUUCAAAAGCUAGCGGUAUCUGUAAAAUACCAUGACCAUUAACAACCAGCAGCUAGGAAACACAUGCUCCAAAACUACCACCAUCAGACAGUGACAGACCCUGAACACACCCACUCCUCAUCAUCUAACUCUCAAGACGAGCAAAGGAGCUACCAGUCAGAGAUAGAUGAGGGGGACGUACAGCCAGAGGAAACAGACACACAACACCUAACAGAGAUGUCUGGUGGUCCCCUCUCCUGCUUCUCCAAACAGGGAAUACUCCUCCUCUCUAUCCUCCACUAUGGGAUCUGGGCUGAAGUCACAAAGGAGAAGUAUGGAUUGAAGGGGGGUUCGGUGUGCCUGCCUGUAGAAGAACCACCGGAGGAGCUUGCAAGCCAAAGUUGGAAGGUCAAUAGUACCAUAAUAGUUGCUGACAAAAUGGUCUCUCCUAAAUACAUGGAGAAAGUGGAAUAUAAUCCAGUGAACCACUCUCUGUGCAUUAAGAAUCUGAGUGAAAAAGACAGGGGAACUUACAUUGCAACCUAUAAGAGAAAUUGGGAAGAGUCAACUACUACAUACAUACUAACAGUACAGGCGCCUAUAUCCAAGAUGGUUAUCCAGACGGACAUCAAGCUAUUGGCCAACCAGUCCUGUUCAGUGUGGCUGCUGUGCAACGUGUCAGUCUGCUCCAACCUCUCCUACACCUGGGAGAGAGGGAAUGAGACGUACAGGGACGACCAGCAGAUACACUUCUCUCUGUCACCAUCAGACGGAGACAUCAGUGUAACCUGCACUGCCUCCAACCUAGUCAGUGAGAAAUCUGCCUCUACAACAGUGAAGUGUAGUAAUGACACAACCACCCCAGGGCAGGUGUGGUAUAGCAUCUGCAUCAGAGUGUCAGUGGUGCUGAUCCUCAAUGUAGCUGUGGCAGUGUAUUACUGCAGGGGCCGCCGUAACACGGACAAGAGGGACUGUGGAUGACCUGGCUGACCCAAGACUGAACAAGCCUCAGACUCUGUAUGACACGAUCAAAAUUGGACGCCCAAUAGCGCCCUCUUCUGCCUACCAGGAAGUACUGUGAGCUGAGCAGGUUAUGGUCAUAGGAUUGGCCUUAUAUCUCUGCACCCUAGGCUACAUUCUGUAGAUAGUUGUUACUGUUCAGUUUUAUCAAGACCUGCACAUUUCUGACAUUUUUGUGCUUAUUUUUUUUCUGAUUGCAAUCUUAUCCCUUUGUUGUUCCUCAUAUAUAUAUACAGUGUCUUCAGAAACUAUUCACACCCCUUUACUUUUCCACAUUUUGCUAUGUUACAACACAUUUAAAAUUGAUACAAUUUAGAUUUUGUCACUAAUCUACACCAUAAUGUAAAAGUGGAAUUGAGUUUAGACAUUUUCUCAAAUUA